AUGACAAAACCAAAGUACAAGCAAUUCAUUUGGUCCUGCCGUCGCAAAUGUUGCCCCAAGUCCUUCAGCAACUAUCGCCACACCCGUCACUAUGGCCUUGCUACUCGAAAACGCCGUCCGUUGUCUCAGCGAUAUGAUCGCUUCUCUCAAGAAGUCUUUGAACUCUCUCAGUACAUUGACGCCUUUGGCAAAGCUAUUUUGUUUCGUCGUGUUCCACGAGAGGGACAUAUUUGGAGUGCCCUUCAUGAGGGAGAUAAUUGGAAUGAUUGGAAGAACAAGAGUCGUAAGAAGAAGACGAAUAGUGAGACAUGGCAAGAUUGUGGUGGCCACCAUGGAGACGACCCGAACUUGACGCACCCUUCAGCCCACUGUCCCCGUUGCAAGCCCAAGAAGUAUCGCAAUCAACCCAAUGGUGCAUGGGAAACUUCUGGACACUGGAAGAAGUAUUCUCGUUGGACCUACUACAAUCCAAACAAAAGAGCAUCUGCUUAUGAUUGGAGCCCUCACAGUGAAGCCUUCAGUUCCUGUAACAUGAGACAACAAAGGAUGAGACGUUGUAAUCGAAGGAACACAGUGUACAAGCCAACAAUUGGCAAUGGAAUUCCUAUGUCACAGCUCAAGGUGCUUACCUCUCCGAUUGCAGCUACAUUCUUCGCCAAUGGUAAUGUCCCGCUGCACUUGAACAACAUUACGGAACGUUUCAAGGCUGCAACAGAUCCAAAGCAAGCCAUCGAAGAAUAUCAGAAGCUUCACAGAGUGCCGAAGAACAAGGUGAUUUGGGACUCCGGUGCAAGUCAUACUCUUUCUCCAUGCAAGAAGGAUUUCAAUGGACCCAUUCAACCAGCUCCGAUUGGACUACGAAUCAAAGGGAUUGCAAGAGGACUGCAUAUUGCCGGUGUUGGGUAUGUGAGAUGGUCAUUCAUUGACAAGACCGGACGAUUGAGAACUCUGAAAGUGCCAGCAUACUACGUACCAAGUGCUUCUGUUCGACUUCUCAGCACCACCAGUCUGCUCCAAGCCUAUCCACUGGAAGAAAUCUCGCAAUCAAGCACACUAUUGACAAUGAUUGGAACCAAGGAUUUGCUGUCAAGGGACAAUGUGAGACAAGAUGAAGCUACCAACUCGAUUGAAGUUGCAAUUGACCCAGCAACAGACCUACCUACCUCUCUGGCCUACGAUCAUGGCUCCAACUCCAACUCCACAAACUUUGAAGCCGAAUUCAACAACUUUGUGACCACCACUACUUCGAACAACCACAAUCUCAGCCCCGCUGCCCACGAAUUGAUGAAAUGGAAUCAUCGCCUUGGCCAUCUCAACUUCAAGCAAAUUCAAUUCCUUCUUCGAACUGGUGUAUUGGCGCAUGCUGAGUCGACGCGACGUCUACAAGCUGCAGCUUCCAAGCUGACAACAUUACCACUCUGUGCAGGAUGUCAAUUUGGCAAGCAACGUCGUCGUCCAGCUCCUGGAAAGACCUCAAGGGUGGUCCGCGAUCCUGAGGGAGCCCUGCAGAAAGACAACUUGUUCCCAGGACAGAAAGUGUCAGUUCAUCUCAACACUCAUGAAACUUUGCAAGGCAAGGAAGCUUUCGAAAACAAGUGUCGAGAGUUUGGAGUUAUUGUGUCAGAGUACCAGAGUGACAAUGGUGGAGCUUUCACAUCAAGGGCAUACACUGAGCACUUACGACAGUUUGAACAGUCUUCGUUUGCAGGAGUUGGAGCUCAUCAUCACAAUGGAAUCGCCGAACGAUCAAUCCAAACGAUUAUGUCCAUUGCGCGAACGAUGAUGUUGCAUCAAGCCAUCCAUUGGCCUGAUGUUGCUGCUGCCAACUGUUGGCCCCUUGCCGUGGAUCAAGCUGUCUUCUUGUACAACCACAUGCCAGAUCCAACCACAGGUCUAUCUCCAAAUGAUCUCAUCAGUCGCACCCGCUGGCCUCAAUCUCGACUCACCGAUGUUCAUGUUUGGGGAUGCCCAGUAUACGUUCUUGAAAAAAAGAUCCAGGAUGGACAAAAGCUGCCUUGGUGGCAACCCCGCUCAACUCGGCAAAUCUAUGUUGGAUUGAGCAAGAAGCACGCAUCGUCAGUUCCAUUGUGUUUGAAUCCAGCAACUGGCGCCAUCACAUCCCAAUUCCACAUUGUGUUUGACGACGAGUUCUCAACAAUUGCUACGAGUGUCGACGACUUACCGGAUUUUGGUUCUAAUGAAUGGAUGAAGCUCUUUGGAGACUCGAUCUACCAAUACAUCGUGGAUGAUGAUCAUGAUCAUGAGCCUCCAGUCGACCAAGCUCCAUCCGACCUUCCGCCAUUGGUGUCUCGCGUCCGAGACCAAAUUGAACAUCAUCGCCCUUCCGAACCAUUGGACGUCAAGCCCCCACCUACCACUGUGCCACCAACUGUCGGAUUGUCGAAUCAGCAACCUUCGCUCCAGAGGGAGAUUCCACUAUCUUCGCUCCAGAAGGAGACUCCACUACCUUCACUCCAGAGGGAGACUGCAAAUGAGGCUCCGCCUUCCCAGCCGUCUGCGCCUCAGAGGGAGAUGAAUGCGACUCCAAAGGAGAUGCCUCAGCCCCCUACACGUCCAAAACCGAAACCAACUACGCGACCUUGGAUUUGA